GCUUGGCGGCGUCAGUUAGUAACCGGCUGUCAUCGGGUGAGGAUCGCGAAUUUUUGUUCACACUCUCCCGCCGUAACCUGAUUUCUCUCGCUUUGUGUGUCGAUACAGUACGGUGUGACGUUAGUCUCCGCGAUUCAACCCGGAGACGACACUCGCAGAGUCCCCUUUUGUGAUAAUAUUAUGACUGGUAACAACCACGCGACGUCAUCGAACCUACUUCCGCUCGUUGCGCGCAGUGACAAUCGACGGACGUGUCGCGCCGAAUCCGGCCUUCUGAUUCGCCGGUGAUAAUUGUCGGGAUACAUUUCGGAUAUAUAUAUAUAUAUACACACAUCUUGCAUCAUCGCGCGACUUUUGUCGUCGAGAGAAAAGAGAAAGGGGAUAAAUCGGGAAUUGGUUGGUUUGCUCGCCGGGAGUGCGCGUGACUAUCUUCAGUGUCCUUAUCGAAAGCCGCCAAGAUUCCCAUCGCUAACGAGAGCGAUUCGCAGCCGGUGGCUGCAGAUACCAUCGCGAAUCGUCCCACGAUGGGCAGCAUGGGUCAAAUGGGAGCGAACGAGACGCAUGUGCUGUUGAUGGAUGCCUUCGUACAGAACAACAGGCUGGAUCAUGUCUCAAGGGUUAUGUCAUCGCAUCCAACGUACCUGGAACAUUUCCUGCGGACUCAGCAUUUCAUCCUUCGGGGUGAUGGACCACUUCCUUAUGACUACCGACAUCUCAUCGCCAUUAUGGCCGCGGGUAGGCACCAAUGUAGCUACCUUAUAAACCUGCAGAAGGGAGAGUUCCUUCUGCAGGGCGGUGACCCUUCCUGGCUCCAAGGCCUGAGAUCGAUUCCGGGGAAGCUGCAAGAUCUCUAUGAGAUCAACAAGAUCCUAGCUCAUAGACCCUGGCUCCUGAACAAGUCGCACAUAGAGAAAUUGACUAAGGGCGACGAUAAUUGGUCCUUAGCCGAGGUCGUCCAAGCGAUAGUCCUGUUAGCUCACUUCCACUCGUUGUCGUCUUUCGCAUUUUCUUGCGGGAUUAACGAGGAAUUGGAUAACGUAACUGGCCAUCAUUACAAGGAGAACAUACAGGACAAUAGUAAUAACGUACCGCCCACCAAAGAUAAGUUGACCAGCAGUCCCAAGAAAAUUCCCAACGGCGACGGCAAGACCGAAAAUAUGCCGUCACCGCCGUCGUCACCGAGCAUAGUCGGCGAGCAGGAGGUCGGCGUGGAGACCCUGAUGGAACGUAUGAAACGCCUCUCGGAAAAGUCCGAGUCCUAUCAGAUCACGCAAGAGGAGCUCUCCAAGAGAUUCGAGACCGUCGAGACGCAGUCAGCUGAGUUGGCAGCGGCGCCGCAGAGGAGUAGCUCGGUCCUCGACUCGGAUAUCGGUCUAUUCAUCGAGGAUCCCACCUUCAUCUAUCAGGAUUUCGCUAAGCGCGGCCAGCUGAACGACAUACCGACCUUUCGCGUCCAGGACUACUCGUGGGACGAUCACGGAUAUUCCCUGGUGAAUCGUCUCUAUAACGACGUCGGUAAUCUUCUGGACGAUAAAUUCAAGACCGCGUACAAUUUGACGUACUACACCAUGGGCACGCACAGCAAGGUCGACACGUCGCGUUUCAGACGGGCGAUCUGGAACUAUAUACAGUGCAUGUUCGGCAUCAGGCACGACGAUUACGAUUAUAACGAGGUGAAUCAAUUGCUCGAGCGUAGCCUGAAAACUUUCAUCAAGAGUGCCGUCUGCUAUCCGGAACGUGUCACCAAGAAGGAUUACGAUCGCGUCAUGAGGGAGUUCAAGCACAGCGAAAAGGUCCACGUAAACCUGAUGAUUCUCGAGGCUCGCAUGCAAGCGGAAUUGCUAUAUGCUCUUCGUGCCGUGAUGCGAUAUAUGACCUAAAGCGGAGUUUCGCGUCAUCCCCUCGUCUAUUUGCUGUCUGUCAGUUUGUCGAUUUGUUUUCUCGGGCCAAUCUCUGCACUAUGUAAGAAGUUCCCGCAUGGAAGAAACGAGUCUCAUCUGGAACAUCGUGCACAGAGGAGCGAUUCUUCAAUCAGCGCUCAGGAAGGCGUUAAUGAAGAAGCGAGGAAGAAAGAAGAGAUGAAGAAAAGGAAGAUACGAAUUGGGGGCAAAAAGGAAGAUGCAAGGAAUUCAACGCAUCCUUUGUUCCUCGAGCGAUUUACGAAUAUGUCGACCCGCAUGUUCUGGUUCCGUCUAUUCGCGUAAUAAGGUUAAUACAGUUUGCGAUGAAUGUGUAUAGGAUUGGAAAAGAUCAGAGAUGGGGGAAUUGAAAGAGGAAAGAAAGAGGUUGUGCGAACAGACAGAGGAAAAGGAAAAAAGAAAAAAUAUGAUAAGGCCGGGGAUGACAAAGAGAGAAGAAAAAGAUUAUAAUUUGUUUUGUACAUAGACACUUGUAUUUUUCUACGUUCGGCAUCGUAGCAGACUGUUAUUUGUGCGUUUCGUUUAUGUUUCAGAUCUGUUAAAAAAAAAUAAAUAAACCGUUUGCUCUCGCCUGUUAGUAGCUUUCGCGUCGCGCUUUAUAACUUUACACACACCGACAUUUAUAUUAUAUUAUAUUAUAUUAUAUUACACUUUUUUCACUCUGCGUUUAUUAUAUGUUUCGAUUCUUCUCACGCGAUUCGCCAACAAGUUAGUCGCGAAAAAGAGAGGAAAAUCAUGCAUCGAUCAUCAAUUUACACGAGACAAAGAAAUUUUUAUCUUCGCGCGCGUCAUUUCGUUUUUCUACUUUUGUGUCGGGUGAUAUAACUCUUGUCGACAAGUGGAAAAUUAAUUGUAAGGCUUAUAUUAGGAAAAUCUAUUAAUCCGUCAUCGCGAUUUUGUCUCUUUUUGCGUUGUACAUAUGCAUAUAUAUAGAUAUAUAGAUAUAUACAUAUGUACAAUGCGUUUUAUCUUCGUUUUAUUUUCAUUUCGACGACUCCAUAUUUCAUAAAAAAAAAAAAACAGAGAAGAAAGCGUGAAAGCUAACGUAAAACUAUCUACUUACCAUUCGUCAUACGCAUAUGUCGAGCAAACCUUAGAUUGUAGGACGAUCCGCGACCGCGUGCAGCAUACACACACAGAUGCAGAUACAUACAAAUACAACACACACACACUUUUUUCAAUGCACGCGAUCGCGGAGAGAAGCAAUGCCUAUCGGCUGUGUUUAUUUACCGAGGGAUGACGCGCUCUAUUGUCGAAAUGCGUUUAGCCGAAUGCGAGAUGCAUCGUGAACUUGCUUCCGAUCAACCCGACAGACUGUCUUUUUUUCAUCUUGUGAGAUUAAAAUACAGCGGGAUAGAUCGCUUUUUUUGAGGAUUGGACAUUGUUGCACUUUUUCAAUGCGAUGACAGGAGAUUAAAGGGUAG